GAGGAGGGAGGGGGCCGCCGCGCGGACCGCAGGGAGCCGGGCGCAGGGAGCACCGGAGGGCGGAGCGGAGGGCUGCCAGCAACGGGCGACGGGCGAGCGACCCCACAACAGCCCCCACAUCUCUGCUGCCUGUGCCCGCGCCUGCCCCCGGGGUCCGCGGCGGCCCGGCGCGCGAGCGCUGACCUCUGCGGAGGCGGCGCGGGCUCAGCAUCGGGCCGGGGCCGGGAGGGCACCAGGGGCCGGGGGGCGGCGCUCUGGCCCGGCCCGGCCCCGCCCGAUGUCCAUGAGUGCGAACACCAUGAUCUUCAUGAUUCUGGGGGCGUCGAUCGUGAUGGCCAUCGCGUGCUUGAUGGACAUGAACGCGCUGCUGGACCGAUUCCAUAACUACAUCCUCCCGCACUUGCGGGGCGAGGACCGCGUCUGCCACUGCAACUGUGGCCGGCACCACAUUCACUACGUGAUCCCAUACGACGGGGACCAGUCGGUGGUGGACGCCUCUGAGAACUACUUUGUGACAGACAAUGUGACCAAGCAGGAGAUCGACCUUAUGCUGGGCCUGCUGCUGGGCUUCUGCAUCAGCUGGUUCCUGGUGUGGAUGGAUGGUGUCCUGCACUGUGCUGUGCGCGCCUGGAGGGCUGGUCGGCGCUAUGAUGGCUCGUGGACCUGGCUGCCCAAGCUGUGCAGCCUGCGGGAGCUGGGCCGGCGGCCACACAGGCCCUUCGAGGAGCCUACAGGGAACAUGGUGCACGUGAAGCAGAAGCUCUACCACAACGGCCACCCCAGCCCCCGGCACCUGUGA